CUCCUGUCUUCACUGCUUUGUGGAGAAGCACCAUGGUGAAGUGUCUGUUUACCGGCGCGUGUGCGCGGCUGGGAGUCUGGCUGCUGAUCACCGGGGUGACUGUGUUUAAGGUCCAGGCUCAGCGGCUUCGUUCUCGGGAUGCAAGUGUUCCUGUUACCUGCAGCGACGGAUACAUGGAAGUGGCAGUUACGCCUUCAGAAUUUGGUGGCACGACGAUAACCUUUAAUAUCCGGGAUCAAACACAACAGCUAGUGGAUGCUGCAACUCUUGAAUCCUGUAAAUACACUGUCUACAAAAAAAAUGCUGACUUGACUUGGGUCUUGUCAGUGUCUUUUGAUGCCUGCUAUAUUCAAAAAGGUUACUUCUACAUUCAAGAUGUUCAGGUUGUUGGCUCAGAUGCUGCAGGAAGAGUUGUCUUUGGGGGUAACGUUGCCAUGAAGUGCCCGCUUCUAGCAGUGGCAGUGCCAGUUAGUGGAUCAAUUGCGUCUGGCUCUUGUGAUGUUCCUGUGACUGAAAAGCUUUCCUGUGGCGAGUCCUUCAUUCGUAAAGAUGAUUGUGAAGCCCAGGACUGCUGCUAUGACCAGAACAGUCAAUAUCCCUGCUAUUACGGAAACAAAGUGACUGUCCAGUGCACCAGAGAUGGCCAGGUUGUGGUUGUGGUGUCCAGGAAUGCUACCAGACCCCAGCUGAGUCUGGGUUCAGUCAGCAUGCUCGGGGGUAGAAAUCCACCAUGCAACCCUGUCCGCACCUCCUCUGCCUUCACAAUGUUCAAAUUCCCAGUCAGUGCCUGUGGCACCACUAUGAAGCGGAAUGGCUCAGACGUGGUGUAUGAAAACCUCAUGUCUGCUUUUAUUGAUGUGAGGACUGGACCUGGGGGCUCCAUCACAAGGGACAGCACUUACAAGCUGCUGUUGCAGUGCCGGUAUGCAGGGAACAAGUCUGUUCCUCUGCAGGCUGUGGUCUACACCAUUGCACCUCCCCCUCCAGUAGCGGCACAAGGACCGCUCCGUGUGGAACUCCGGAUUGCAAGAGAACAAUCUUAUGGUUCCUACUACACCUCUCUUGACUAUCCCGUCACCUAUGUCCUCCGGGAGCCUGUGUACGUUGAGGUUCGCAUCUUGGAGAGGACGGACACCAACAUCGUCCUGACUCUGGAUGACUGCUGGGCUACCUCCACCCCCAGCCCUCUCGGCAAGCCCCAGUGGAACCUUCUGGUUGAUGGGUGCCCAUACAGAGAUGACAACUACCUGACCAGCUUGGUUCCUGUUGAUGCUGCCACCUCCAGACUGCCAAACCCAACGCACUACAAGCGGUUUGUGCUCAAGAUGUUCGCCUUUGUGAAUCCUUUCUCACGACAAGCCUUGAAGGAAAUGAUCUACAUUCACUGUAGUGCAGCUGUGUGCUAUCCUUCUGUCAUGGACUCCUGUGUCAAAAGAUGCAUUGCUAAAAGACAUGCCAGAGAUGCACCCCUGCAGAUGGUGAGAAAGGAAGCUUCUUCAAAGCAGACUGCAGUGGCUUCCAGUGGAGCCGUGAUCCUGACUGCUCCAGAUGCCCGUGCUUUAGAGAGCUGGGAUUUUGAAAGCGAAGUUCCUCAGUCCCUCGGUAAUGGUUUGAUGGGAGUCGCAGCCUCCGUUGUGCUUGUGGUCUUCGUUCUGGUGCCGGUAGCUGUAUGGAGACUGAAACCUUGGGUGGAAGAAACAAAACUGUGAAUGACUCCUGAUCUGAAAUAAAAUUUGCUUAUUUUGUCAA